AUGAGUAAUGACGAUGAUGCGGAAGAAAUGCAUUUUGUUGCGAUACUUAAAUCAUUAGAAGAGAAAGAUUCUUCCAAAUAUUUGCGGUUAAAAAUUAAAAUUAAUGAAUUGUUAUUUAUAAAUCCACCAGAAGAAGGGGAAUUGGAUGUAAACACUGAAGUUUUGCCUCGAAUCGAAUUACAUCAUGGUCGAGAUAGGAAUGAUCUUGAAAGUAUUAUUGAGAGCAUCAAUUAUAAAAAACCAAUCGAAAAUAAAAAAAGCAGAAUUUUUGAAGCCUAUGAUUAUUUUGUAAACUCUUUCAAAAAAGACGAUAACAUAAGAGCCGCUGGCUAUUUGGAUGUAUUUGAAUCGGUAAAAGAGAAAUUGAAAUUCAUAUUAAUAGAAAUCGAAGAAGUGCCUGAUGUUUUUGAAGUAUUUGAGUCGAUCAAUAACUCUGGAAAAGGACUAACUUCUUCUGAUCUUUUAAAAAACGUUGUGGAAGAAAAUUUAGAUAACUUUUUCUUUUGUUUUCUAAAUGCAGAAUAUAAAAAAAGCGGAAGAAGUAGCAAACACUAUUCGGAGAAUAAUUUUUCCUCUUUUUUCAGAAAAAAAUUAGAAGAGGAAACUAACCUGGAAAAGCUUCUCGAAAAAGUGGUGCUAGCAAGUAAAAUUUACAAGCAAAUUUUGAAUCCCGAAGCCUCUGAGACAA